AAAUUGCUGAAACCUCCAGAGGAAUGAAGGGCAGGCUUUGGUUCAUAUCUGGAUUAACAUGUCACAUUACUUCAGGCUUUCCAGCUCGUUUGCGCUCAGUGUGCCUUAGCAAAGGUGCCCAGACCAGUUCUGCAGCCGAACCCAGACCUCCCCACUGCUGGAGGAAGUGAGAGGUAUCCCGUGUGUCGCCGCACAUGAAGGGCAGCUCCUGUGCCAGCAGCAGAGCUGGGAUGGCGGCGCAGGUUUCGGUGUUGCCUGCUCCCAGGUGCCUGUUCGAUGACCCCGUGCAGAUCCUGGUCGCUGGUCUCCAACCGCAGCAGGCGGUGACCCUCCGAGCCAGCCUGGUGGAUGAGAGCGGGGAGCUCUUCCAAGCCCACGCUCUCUACAGAGCUGGCAGCCGCGGCGACCUCGACCUCAGCCGCUCCCCAGCGGUCGGGGGCAGCUAUUUGGGAGUGGAACCGAUGGGGCUGCUGUGGUCUCUGCAGUCUAAAACGCCCUAUAAGCGACUGGCAAAGAGGAACGUCCUGACCCCUUUCCAUGUGGACAUAGAAGUUUACGAUGGCCACGGAGACAUGAGCCACUUGCUGGGAAAAUGCACCAAUGAGCGAUGGUUUUUAGGAGAGGGGGUGAAGAGGAUUCCAGUCAGAGAAGGUCGUCUGAAAGCAACCCUCUUCCUCCCUCCUGGAGAUGGUCCAUUCCCUGGACUUAUUGAUUUGUAUGGAUCUGGAGGAGGUCUUGUUGAAUACAGAGCAAGUCUCCUGGCUAGCAGAGGCUUUGUGACUCUGGCUCUUGCUUACAUGGCCUUUGAAGAUCUCCCUGCUAUGCCAGAGGUUCUUGAACUCAGCUAUUUUGAGGAAGCUGUGAACUUUCUACGGAAACAGCAGCAGGUGAAAAGUACUGGGAUUGGUGUUUUGGGCUUGUCUAAAGGAGCUGAUCUAGCCCUUUCCAUGGCCACAUUUCUACCUGGCAUCAAAGCAGCUGUCAGCAUAUCUGGAAGCAGUUUUAAUUCCUUCAUUCCCUUGCAGGGUGGUGGCUUUACUAUUCCUGCCCACCCAUAUGAUUUGAAGAAGAUGAAGACCAGUGAUGAGUCUGGCAUAGUUGAUUUCUCAGAUAUGCCAGUUGAUCACAGGGACCCAACAACUUGGGAUUGUCGAAUUCCUUUGGAGAGGUCCUUGGCCAAGUUCCUCUUCCUGUCUGGACUAGAUGACAGGAACUGGAAAAGUGACCUCUAUUGCCAGGACGCUGUUCAACGCCUGCAGCAGCAUGGGCGGGAAGCAGAGUUUUGCUCCUAUCCUGGAGCUGGGCACCUGUUGGAGCCACCAUACUUGCCUCUGUGCCAGGUUUCUAUCCACAAAGUACUUGGGAUGUUUGUGUAUUGGGGAGGGCAAUGGAGGGAGCAUGCCAAAGCCCAGGAAGAUGCAUGGCACAGGAUACAGGCCUUUUUCUGGCAACACUUGAUGGAUGCAGACAUGCCAAGGAGCAAACUCUAGUGGAAGCUGUUGAGGAUGCUGACCAGGGUUGGUAUUUCAGCUCUCACUGAAUCUUGGAAGCUCAUUGAAAAUUCCCUGGCCUUGUUUCCUCUAAACCUCAUUGUUGUGUAGUUGUUUGUUUUCAUUCCCUAAAUAUUUUUCUGUUUCUUAGUUGAUUUUUUGUUGUUUUCUGCCCCUGGCUGCACUGUAGAUUGGCACCAUCUGAUCUGCCUGUGUUCUGCUGUCAUCUGAGAAAACCUGGCAGCCUGUUAUGCAAGGGUGAAUUUGCACCGAGCCAGCUGUGCUGGCCUUCACUCUCAAACUGUCUCCUCUGGUAGCAAGGAAUACUUUCAUAGGAGAAGUUUUCUGCUGAAUUGUUUGGUUUUGCACCUUUAACCAGCUAACAGUUUCUUGGGACAUCAGGGCAGUGCUCUAUCCUUUCUUCUUGGUAUUGUUUUCUCUCAUUUCUUAGUAAAAAUGUUGUGGCAGAUCUAUCUCAUCUAAGUGAAGAGGCACUUUUCUGGCUUAUUUUUAAUUGUGGAGGUAAUACUGUUUCAGUGGUACCUUGAAAACCAAAAGUAAUGAAUCUUACCCAGGUUACUCUGGUUGUGUCUCCUGCUGACAUACCAGGGAAAGUUUCCACUGCACUACUCUAUCUAGUCCACCCACCCUGCACUGACUAGAUCAGAUUGCUUAGAGCCCCAUCAAGCCUGGCCUUGAGUGUCUGCAGGGAUGAGACCUUCACCACCUCCCUGGGCAAACUGGUCCAGUGUUCCACCACCCUCAUAGUAAAGACCUUCUUCCUGUUAUCCAAUCUUAAGUCUACUCUUCUCUAGUUUAAGACCAUUGCCCCUUACCCUAUCUCUACACGCCCUUGUAAACAGCCUCCUUCCCUCCCCACUUCCUCCCUCUUCCCAAUAAUGUAGGCCCUCUUUAAAUGUUGAAAGGUUUGGGGAGGAAGAGUAAAGCCACUGCCGCUGCCAAGGAGCCGUCUGGAAUGAGCUGUCUCUAUGGUCUUGCCACGGACAAGCUGUGGGCUCAGUAACAGCUAGGAAAUGCCACUCUUCAGAGAGGAAUGACCUUUCCUUCUGGGAGAAUGCAAUUUCUCACCCUUUACUGAAGUCCAGACUUGCCAAGGAUGACUCUGAUCUAUCUCUUUUGUGAGAUAGUGACAAAUAGCAGCUUGCUGGAAUUUUUAGAUAUCAGAUGAUAUUAACUGAGAAAGUUUUGCUUCCUGAAGCAGUCAAGGCCUCCUGUUCUCCCACAGAAGCAAGCAGGAGCUGGAGGUCUUUGCCUUUCACUUAAGCAGGGCCAAAUGAUGCCCCCUUGGUUUUGUUGCUCCAAGAAGUAACGACUGCUCCAACCAAGCAUGCUGAGCCUCAAAGGACUGUAGACUCUCAAGCAAUAUAUUGCAGACAGAGCAUGUCCUUUAUGAUUCUUCCAGUUUUUCUGUUCCAGCUAUUCUUUAAAAUGGUAGAUGAGGGAAGCCUUGCUCCUGCUCACCCACAUUGGCCAUCCCAGUUCUGCUGUUACCUCUUCUUCGUUUCUCUUUCUCACCUGUGUCUCUGUGUCCCGCAUGGACUGUGAUUGUUCCAGAUGUUUAGUGAAAGGGUAGGACCUUGCAGAAGAGUAACAUGUAGUGACAAGAGAAUUCAAAGCACUGGAACAGGCUGCCCAGAGAGGUUGUGGAGUCUCCUCUGGAGGCUCAAACCCCACCUGGAUGCUUUCCUGUGUUAACUACCCUAGGGGAUGUUGCCUUGGCAGAAGGGUUGGACGUGAUGAUCUAUGGAGGUCCCUUCCAACCCCUAACAUCCUGUGAUCUGUGAUUCAAAGGCAUUUAAGCUGUUCAGUCUGGAUAAGGGACAUUUUCUUUCUCCACAUUUUUCUGUUUCAUUAAAGCAGUCAAAAAGCCUCUGCAUUGUCAGUCCAUGUUUUUCUCAAACUCGGUGUGCUUGGUUGUCUUUCUGGGGCACCAGUCAUUUUGUCUUUUAGUUUUUAAUGAAUACAGGGUGGCUUCUGCAGUACAAUGAAUUAUUCUCCAGCCUUUGGGAUAAUUCACAUUUAUUUUAAUCCCUUCUG